AUGGAGCGUGCACGCAAGCGCAUUAAGCUUGAAGAAGGUGAACCUUCAUUCUCCGCCAACGAGUGCACAGUCAUCGACGCGCCAUAUGAGCCUCAACAUGGCGGUGCGCAUGUCAAGGAAGAGCAGAUUUCCGAGGCAAAUGAAUCUGGAUUAGAAGAGUCGGGCUCGGAAGGGACAGAAGAAUACCAGUCGUGCGAAUCAGGCGGCGAAGAAGAAUCCGACUCAGGAUCUGAAGUUGCUCAGGGUUCGAAGCAUAAUCAGUCAACCUCGGAGGCAAACACAGUCUCCGAUCCAUAUUGCAGCGAGUGUUGCAAAUCAUUCCAAAGCAGUGCAGAUAAAGAACGUCACAACUCCAAAUGGCAUUACGAUUGCAUAUGUUAUGCAUGCGAUGAAGGAUUCCCCUCUCAGCUAGAGUUUCAAAAGGUUAGCCUCCUCCCUCAGACAGGCCGAAUUGCUGAUCUGACCGAUCCUCUAGCAUAA